AUGCCAACAUCUGUAAAACUCUCUGUCGAUGGAAUGUCCUGUGAAGGAUGUGCUGGAAGCGUUAAAAACAUUCUCACCAAGUGUCCCGGUGUUGUUACUGUUGAUGAAGUUUCUGUGAAAAACAAGACAGCCACUAUUCAAGUUGAUUCAUCAUUCAGUGUUGAUAAUACUGUUCAAUCUUUGAGUAAGGCCGGAUUUGCUUCCAAACAAUUGUCCGUUUAA